AUGAGUCCAGUUGAAAUACAUCCUUCUACAGACAAGCCAAAGGUUGCAAGGAGAAGAUUUGUUGGAAAAAAACCAAGUUCGGACGUUAAAGCCUCGGCUGAGGAUCAACCACUUGUAAAAUCAAGCAUCAAGCGUCACAUCGGAAGGGCAGUCAACCAAAUCCCUGAUGAUAUCUUGAACGAUAAAGAUUUAAAUGAAGCUAUAAAACUAUUACCUUCCAACUACAAUUUCGAGAUACACAAGACAGUAUGGAAUAUACGAAGACAGAAUGCUAAACGAGUAGCAUUGCAAAUGCCAGAAGGUUUACUUAUUUAUUCAUUAAUCAUUUCAGACAUAUUGGAGGAGUUUUGCCAAGUUGAAACUUUGGUAAUGGGGGACGUAUCAUAUGGAGCUUGUUGCAUAGAUGAUUUCACAGCCAGGUCGUUGGAUUGUGAUUUUAUUGUCCAUUAUGCGCAUUCGUGUCUUGUUCCUAUUGAUGUUACUGAAAUCAAAGUGUUGUAUGUAUUUGUCACAAUCAACAUCGAUGAAAGCCAUUUGAUAAAAACAAUAAAGAGGAAUUUCAAUCAGGGUGCGCAAAUCGCUAUAUUUGGCACCAUACAAUUUAACCCCACAAUUCACAGUGUCAAGGCAAUUUUGGAAAAUGAUGCUGAAAAGCCCAUUUAUUUGAUACCUCCACAAACGAGACCAUUAUCCAAGGGUGAACUAUUGGGAUGUACAUCAGCAAGGUUGAACAAAGACCACAUCCAUGCAACAAUAUAUGUUGGCGAUGGAAGGUUCCAUCUCGAGAGUUCAAUGAUUCACAAUCCUGAUAUUCCAGCAUAUAGGUACGACCCAUAUGACAGAAAAUUUACUCGCGAGUAUUAUGAUCAAAAACAAAUGACACGAGUUAGGGAAGAUGCAGUAGUUACAGCCAAAAAGGCAAAAAAAAUCGGGUUGAUUCUUGGCGCUUUAGGACGACAGGGUAAUCCCAUUACACUACAAAAAUUGGAAGUUCAACUUUCUCAAAGGGGGAUACAGGUUGUCAAGAUAAUCCUUAGUGAGAUUUUCCCACAAAAGCUAUCCAUGUUUGAUGACGUUGAUGCGUUUGUUCAAGUGGCUUGUCCUAGGCUAUCCAUUGAUUGGGGUUACGCAUUUAGUAAACCUUUAUUAACUCCGUAUGAGGCAAUGGUGAUGCUCGAACAGGAUACAAUGUGGAAUGAGAAGUACUACCCAAUGGACUAUUAUGCCAAGGAUGGCUAUGGUAGAGGACAAAUUCCUGCUAGGGAAUAG